UUUCUCCCGGUUGUAUUGAAACGUCCAAGGCGUGGAUAUCUAAAGCUUGAAUGGUGCCUCAUCAUCUAUAUAUUUAGGGCGCUCCUUGCGAAGUUCUGCGAUUGCCAUUCCCCGUUCAUCUCCACGAUGUCCGACAAUCAUCUACACGAGAAGAACUCAGUCAUCGACCUUGAGAAGGACUCUACGUCUAGGGAUGGUGUCUCUGUGAUCAUCCCCGGAGACAAGCACGGAUGGCUCUCUCACCCGUUAGCAAGAUCUCUUCUCAGCUGGGGCGUGGAGGAACGAGGCAUCGUUCCAGUUCCCGAAGAGGAGCGGAUGGAUACCCAAUACUAUAAAAUUUUCUUCGUCUGGUUCUCAAUGAACUUCAACAUCCUUUCCUUCUCUACCGGAACGCUCGGACCAAUCGUUUUCCAGCUUGGACUUCGCGAUUCCUGUCUUGUUAUCUUAUUCUUUAAUCUCCUGGCAUGCGCGUUGCCCGCAUAUUUAAAUACAUGGGGACCUCGAACUGGCAUGCGUCAGAUGAUUCAAUCCAGAUAUAGCUUUGGGUACUAUUUUGGUAUCAUUAUACCCGCUGUCCUCAAUCUGAUCGGCCUGUGUGGCUUCAAUAUCCUUAAUGGUAUACUCGGCGGACAGGCACUAGCUAGUGUGUCUAGUAAUAUGAGCUGGGAUGUCGGCAUUGUCAUUAUCUUCGUGAUUGCGCUCCUCAUAUCCUUUAUGGGCUACCGAGUACUCAACUGGUACGAACGUGUCGCGUGGUUCCCGGUUCUUAUCGCAUUCUUGGUCGCACUCGGCGUGGGUGGUAAAAACCUGUACAACGCUCAACCAGCGGCACCUGCAACCGCUCCUGGCAUUUUGGGCUUCGCAGCUGUUCUUGCUGGUUUCGUUAUCACUUACUCGGCAAUGGCAUCCGAUUUUACAAUGUAUUAUACGCCCACCGUUCCCCAGUCCAAGAUCUUUUGGUAUGCAUAUCUGGGGUAUAUCGUGCCUAUCGUCCUUCUCGAGUGCCUUGGAGCUGCAGCAGUCCUUGCUUCAUCAAACGUUCCUAGCUGGGCUGCAGGUUACGGAGAAGCCGAGGACAUCGGUGGCCUGUUAGAAGCGAUGCUCAGCCCGGUCGGUAACUUUGGGAAGUUCCUCACCGUUCUUCUCAGCCUGAGCGUCACCGGUAACAUCGCGUGCACGCUUUACUCUAUGUGUUUCAAUUUCCAAGUGAUGGUCCCGGCUAUGUCAAGAGUCCCGAGAUACGUCUUUUCGAUCGUUGGCACCGUAAUUGCAUUGCCUUUAUCGAUCGUGGGCGCCCACAAAUUCUAUACGGCGUUGACCAAUUUCCUUUCACUAAUCGGAUAUUGGGCGAGUGCGUACGGCGCCAUCCUCCUUGUCGAACACCACUACUUCCGCAAAGGUGACUUCAGCACCUAUGACCAUUCCAUAUGGAAUGUUCCAGGGCGUCUACCUUGGGGAGCGGCUGCCAUCACAGCUGUCAUAAUGUCUUUCGCCCUGAUCAUACCCUGCAUGAAUCAGCUGUGGUACUUGGGCCCCAUUGGCAGGACCUCAGGCGACAUCGGUUUCGAGGUUGCAUUCCCUCUUGCAGGUCUACUUUACUUCCCCCUUCGCAAGCUAGAGCUCAAAUACCAGAAUACCCAAUAUUAAGCACCGCUCUGUCGAGAUAGAGAGUAUAUAUACGACGUGCUAUGAAACGUGUACUGCCUUACUGUGUC